CACUGGUUUUCGUGUGUUUUAUCUUGUAACUACAGUGAGCAUAUACGCCUUUCUAUUAUAUAUUCAUUGUUCAAAUUUUAAUGGCAACAAUAGUCCGAUUCUAGUCGAAAUGACAAUUAUCAAAUUGAUAGAUAUAUUUGAUUAUGUUUAAACGUGAUACUUUUUAUAACAAUAGUAUAAUUAUCUAUUUUACAUUUUCUUUCGUUUAGACGUAACUGCUCCAUAAAUAUCCCAAUUUUCUGUUUACCGUUUUGCAUCUCCACAAGAAACUUCAAAAAAUAACGAUAAUUUCGUUAUGUGUGAUAAAAAUGAAAAACACAAAUCAACUCCACCGGCUACGAAUAGAAAAAUACGAAAUCCGUUCGACAAACAUUUGAUAGAUAAACUUCACAAACCAAUAUGCAGUCCGGGCAUGUGCAAGAUAUACAAGAAAAAGAGCAGUGGUUCUUUCCGUUGGGAUAUAGACCAAGCAUGUACAUUAGUGCCCGAGGACAUCGUAGCGUGCAACAGCCAAUUUGAACCGUCUCCAGAUCCGGCUCUCGAAAGAAUCGCCGAGGAGGCGACUGACAAAUUUUUCUCCCAAGAAAUGGUAAUGCCUAGUCCUCUUGAAUCUUCCAAAAAAAUAAAACCACUGUUGCAAACAUCCUCCGAAAGCUGUGUCCAAAUAAGCAGCAUCACUAGUGAAGAAGUUGUUUUAACUAGAGAAGUUUCAGCUCAAACAGUAUUAACUCUACCACCAGAGCUGCCUCCAGAAGUAGAGAAAAUACUACAAAGUUUUUGCACUUUUACCCAGGAUCAAAACAUAUCAGGUGAAUAUGAAAUCACAGCGAAUGGGUCACUUCGUCGUAAAUUAUUCUUUGAGGAACACAGUGAUAUGGACCAUUAUGAUUCAGAGCAAACUGAUGAUGAAAUACAUGUGGAACAGAGACCCCCAUCUAGCUAUGAAUCUCACACACCAGUGGCAUUUAGUCCUGACCUGAGCCAAAAUCUAGUCGCAAAAGGGAUGAAGCGAACUUUUGGCACACCUCUGAAGAAAGGUUUACCUGCUACUACAAAGCCUUGUUAUCGUAACAAGAUUUUGGAUGUUGUGGAUUUUGGGGAGCCAUGCUUUAGUCCUAUUGAAUUUAGAACACCUAUACGGAAUGAUCAGCGAUCGGCUACGUCGUCGUCUUUGGCCUCUGCUUCAAUUUCACCAGUUACCAAAGCAGCUUCCAGUGAUGAAGAGAAGAACAACUUUACCUCACCUGAGUCUGAAUCAAUGGCUACAUGUCUUGAUUGUGUCUCUGUACCAAAGGCGAAUAAGAAAGGUCCAUGUCUCUGUAAGCUAACACCGAACAAGAUAAAGAGAAGUGCAUCUCUAAAAGAGUCUCCACAAAGAAGCAGAAAAGGAUCAUUCUCUUUUUCAGAGAAACGCAGUCUUAGUUUGUCGAAUCUACAUCGCAGUCGGUCUGUGCAAAAACUUGAUUUCAGCAUGGACAUGAGCAUUGAUGGGUCGACACAAGAUCAAUCGCAAGCAGAUUCGGAAUCCAGUUUGCAACCAGACGCCCAAGCGACAUGGUCGAUUGUAGAAGAAACAAGCAUACACCAUCUCGUUGAUGUUGUUUCGUCUAAAGAGCGACUAACAGAUUUACGAUCAUCUACUAAAAUUCAGACUGUGAAUAUAUUGGAUGACACACCUAUUAAGGGAAAAUGUAAGAGCAAUGUGCUUUCGCAUGAAAUCAGCAAAAUUCGCGUGCCAAUGCCACUGAGCCCAUUGCAGAUGUCAUUGGACAGUAGUUUAGAUAAUAGCGACAACCCGCUCGGCUUGGAGGACAAGAAGAUAGAUUUUAACAAAGUUGAUCUCAAGUUUUUGACUGAAAAUGCGUAUAAAUUUGAUUUGACCAACAACGCGACUAAGGUUGGAGCUGAUUGCUCAACUAGCUUUAAGAGAGUUGAUAGUGGUUUCAAUGAGAACACGUUCUACGCAAACGCAUCUAGUUAUUAUGAAAGUGCCAUAAAACCGUCAGAAUUGACCGUGACUAAUACGUCGCAAUUAAACACUGCCAAAGGUGCAUUGAAAGAAAUAUCUAAUGUCCAUUGGAUGAGAGUUGAUAGUGGAUUCAAGGACGAAAAUUCUGCUGAUAGUAUGCAGUUCUAUCCCGUGCUUGACAGUUCAGUGAAAAAGUACAAUAGUUUCCAUUUUACAAAAGCCAAUACUGACGGAAAAGAGAAUGUACCUAAUGAAGAUUUCGAGAGAUUUCUUGUUCAACCCUCAAACAAGGACACAAUGUCUAUGUCAGACAUCUUCACUGAUGAUAUGACUUUCAAUUGCAAUUUUUCUUCAACACCAUCCAAGAACAAGUCACGCAGAGUACAUUCGUAACAUUAGUUUAAUUUUUAGUGACUAGUUUUGUUAAAAAUUAUGAAUUUAUAUGCAUUUAUGUAGUUAGAUAAUAAUUUAAUUUUUUUUGACGUUUCUCCAUUAUUAGUGGAUGAUUUUUAUAGGAUUAUUUGAAAUUGAGGUUUUGUAAAAGAAUAUGACUAUUAUAGUGGAUAAUGUUUUUGCAUGAUAUAUUUUUGUGACUUUUGAGGUGAUGUGUGUUUGUUUACUUGAGUCAAGUAAUAAAAUGAAAUAAAGUUUUAAGACUG